AUGGACCAGUACCACGAAAAGAGCUACAUAGACGAGUCCGCGCCCCGCCUGUACCCGACAGAAGGGUCUGACGAGUACAUCGCCAAGGAGGGCAUCCAGGUCGAGGAUGCGGCCGUCGACAGCCACAACCGCAAGCUGAAGCGCUCCCUGAAGAGCCGUCACAUGGGAAUGAUUGCUAUCGGUGGCACAAUUGGAACCGGCCUGUUCCUCGGAAGCGGAACAACACUGGCCGUAGCUGGACCGGCAGGCUCGCUCAUCGCCUAUAUUUUGAUCGGCACCAUGGUAUACUUUGUGUGCACAUCGCUGGGUGAAGUCUCGACGUUCAUUCCAGUCUCUGAUCCUUUCAACCACUUCGCCACCCGCUUUCUAGAUCCGGCGCUCGGCUUUGCCUUUGGCUGGAACUACUGGCUGUCGUGGAUGCUCACGGUCGGCUCGGAACUCGUCGCAUGUGGUCUCAUCGUCAAGUUCUGGCUGCCGAAUCUGAACGGUAUCGUCUGGAGUCUCGUUGCUAUGGUCAUCAUGUUCGCCAUCAACGCCAUCUCGGUCAGGGGGUACGGUGAGGCCGAGUACUAUUUCGCUAUGAUCAAGGUGCUUGCUGUUGUCAUCGUCAUCAUUGUCGGAAUCCUGACCAUCACGGGCCGCCGUUCCAACGACCACAUUGUCGGCAUCCUGAAGGCCUGCAUUACCGCUGCCUUCUCGUUCCAGGGAACUGAGAUCGUCGGUGUCACUGUUGGUGAGUCAGCCAACCCGCGCCGUGAUGUGCCGCGCGCAAUCCGCUCCGUGUUCUGGCGUAUUCUUCUGUUUUAUAUCCUGGCUAUCAUGUCAGGCGGUGUUGAGGAUAUUGCCAUUUCGCCGUUUACUCUGGUGUUCGAUCUUGCCGGUGCAAAGUGGGCUGCCCACGUCAUGAAUGCAGUUGUGCUGAUCACCGUUCUAUCCGCUGGCAAUUCGGGACUUUACGCCUGCACGCGUGUCCUGUGGAAUAUGGCCAAGGAGGGCAAGGCACCACGUAUCUUCUGCCGAGUUACCAAGGGUGGUGUUCCGAUCUGGGCCCUGAUCUUCACCACAUUCUGGUCGUGCGAAGUCUAUGUCUUCCUUGUCAACAUCAGCGGUGUCACUGGUUUCCUCUUCUGGCUGGGUCUGUCCCUGUCCCACUGGCGCUUCCGCAUGGCGUAUGUGCGCCAGGGCUUCGAUAUCAAGGAUCUGCCGUAUCGUGCCGCAUUCUAUCCGUUCGGCCCCAUCUACGCAUGCUGCCUGCUGGCUGUCAUCAUUGUUGGCCAGGGCUAUGGCACAUUUACGCCCAAGUUCGAUGCCCUGAGCUUCUUCUCAACCUACAUUGCGCUGCCGCUAUUUGUCAUUAUGUGGCUCGGCUGGAAGUUCUUCAAGAAGACCAAGGUUGUCCGGCUUGACGAAGCUGAUGUUUCGAGCGGCACGCUGCUUGAGAUGGAGCGCAGCGGCGAGAUCGAGAUCUUCCCCUACACGCCUGGAAUCACCGACAGAAUAGUCAACUUUGUCCUGCGCCGCAACCCGCGUGAGCAGCAAAGCUGA